AUGUUCUCUGUUAUUCGGUUCGAAAGUAUAAUACACGAAUUCGAUCCAUGGUUCAACUACAGGGCAACCAAGCAAAUGGUCGAGAAUGGUUUUUAUGAAUUUUUAAAUUGGUUCGAUGUAACGGCCUGGUAUCCCCUUGGACGCAUUGUCGGCGGCACUGUUUAUCCCGGGCUGAUGGUAACGUCCGGCGCUAUUCACUAUGUAUGCCAACUUCUCAACAUUCCGAUUCACAUUCGCGAGGUGUGUGUCUUUCUCGCGCCCAUCUUCAGUGGUUUAACUGCUAUUAUGGCCUACCUCUUCACCAAGGAGGUUUGGAAUGAACGUGCUGGCCUCUUUGCCGCCUGUUUCCUAGCCAUAGUGCCCGGCUAUAUUAGCCGUUCAGUGGCUGGCAGCUACGACAACGAGGGUAUCGCAAUCUUCGCCCUUCUCCUUACCUACUACCUGUGGAUUAAGGCCGUGAAGACGGGUGGUCUGGUGUGGGGU